AUGGCAAGCGAAUCACAAAGCAAGAGGCCCAAGUACAGAGAUGUUCCACUACGGUGUCUAUGCUGUAAAAGAAACUUCAAGGGGCAAUAUAGCAACAAACAAGGGAAGCUUACUUCAUCAGGUCUUUCACAACACCUUAGGUCAACUGCAAAACCAGGUUUUAAGAAGGACCCCUGCUUUGCCAUGGCUUAUAGAAAUGAAGUCUGCAAGUCUGUUGAUGAGAUUGACUUUAAAGAUUCCCGUGUGUUCCAAGCUAAUCACCAUGCCAAUCCCCUUGGAGCUGGGGAUUCUGUAAGCGAUAUCACUAGCCCUACUGAUAUUAUGCCAGGCUUCAAACCUGAUGGUGGAUCAGAAGAAGACACUGCUGCCAUGGAAGAAGAAAAGAAUGAGACAGAAAAGAAGAAGGGGUCAUUUGGAAUGCUUUGGGAGCCACUCUGUUGGCUGAUCUUCAGGAGUUUGUGUCAAAGACUCUUUUUGCCCAUUAUUCUGCUCCAGAAAGCAAGCUUAGCAACCAACAAAUCAACAGCCAGACAUGCCCAUCUAAACUUCCACCUCAAGUAUCUCAGGAAGGGCUGA